AUGGCCUGGGGGAUGCCCAUCACCGUGUCAUCGGGGCAGCCAAGCCUCUGGACACCCUUCCCCAUCCUCCCUCCUGAAAUCCUGGAGGUGUCAGGCUGUAUUCCAGGCUGGCACACGUGGAGUAGAGAAGGAAGUGCACCGGCCCGCGGGGAGGAGGAAGGAACCUGGAGCUGGAGUUUCCAGGGCUGGCUGGGUGCCCUGGCACUGCUGGGUGUGCUGGUGCUGUGCAGGGGGCUGCGGCGCCCCGGGGGUUCCCCGCACUCCCACCCCGUGCUGUGCUACAGCGGCGCCGAGCUGGGGGACGAGGCCCCCGCGCAGCUCCUGGGGCGCAGCCUGCGCUGGGACCGCUACGUGCCCGUGCAGCUGGUGCCACAGCUGGAGCAGCUGGAGAGCACCAGGCACCGGCGGCACCGGCGGCACCGCCCGCACGGCUGCCCCGCGCUGCAGACCCGUGCCAGCCUCCGCAGCGAACCCAACGAGCGCUCCAUCUCCCCGUGGCGCUACCGCAUCGACGAGGACGAGAACCGGUACCCGCGCAAGCUGGCCUUCGCCGAGUGCCUGUGCAGCGGCUGCGUGGAUGUCAAGACGGGCCGGGAGACGACGUCGCUCAACUCAGUGACCAUCCACCAGACCAUGAUGGUGCUGCGGCGCAAGCCCUGCCCACACCCCGCCGGGCUGGGCCUCGUCACCUUCGAGGUGGAUUAUAUCAAGGUGCCCGUGGGCUGCACCUGCGUCCUGCCCCGCACCAGGCGCUGACCCUCCCCUGCUCCCGUGGAGCCCCUGUAGCGUGACCGUGUCACCGCGUCCCCCUCACCCGUGCUUGUUUUAGAGCACCCACCCACAGCCAGGGCAUCCUCCCAGCCCCUUACCUCAUUAUUUAUGAGUUAUUUAUAAGCCUUGCAGCCAGGGGGCUUUUUUUACCCCAUAUUUAUUGCUGACUCCCCUGGCUGCAGCUGUGACUCCGGGUCCAGCAUCGCCCCACAGUGCUCGAGACCCCCCGGCCAGACCUUGCGAGCGCUGCCCAGGCACUCGCUGGUUAUUUAUUCCCCCUAAAAGCUAUUUAUUGUCUCCUCUCUAUGUGCUAUUUAAUGCUGCAAAUAAAAGCUGACCUUCCCCAAAACAGUCCUUGAUCUGUUCCCAGUCAGGGCAAUGAAAUGUUGGGAAGCGGAGGCACAUCCAUGGGUGUCCCAUGGGGCAAGGUAAGGCUGUGGGACAUCCCUUAGCCCCAGCGUGGUGGGCAAAGCACCAGCGCACCCAGUGCAGCAGGGCUGGGUGAACCGGGAGGUUGAUGGAAUGGGCAGCAGAGCACGGGGGUGCCACCCACCCCCAGCAGCCCAACACCCACACCUUCCCCGUCCCAUGAGCCUGGUGCCACCUGCCAGGGUCACCCCACCUGUCCUGCCAGCACCUGGGCGAGCUCUGGGGUGGUUGUGCCCCCCCAAAAAAUUGUUUGUGUAGGGAGGGGGUCUGGAGCAGCUGCUGAUGCCCAACAGAGUCAAGGUUUGGCACCCACAUCACACCCAGGCAUCUUCCAGCACCCACAAGUGGAACUGGGGAAGGGAAAUGACCCCACAUUCCCUGUUGGGGCAUCAUCCCAGGUUUUGGGGGCUCCUCUGGGACACUCUGUGCAGCUCUAGGGCAGGGCCCCUCCAGUUUUACCCCACUGUUGGGUCCUUAAGGAUUUUGGGAGGGGACCCUGCAAUGGCCACACUCUGUGCACACCCACUCUGGGUUUGCCCAUA